AUGGCGUACGCACUUACCGAUGCUCUCAUGGUCCGUAUUUGUCGUAGAAGUGGUGCAUAUGCUUCGGUAGUUUCAGAAAGAACCACCAAAGGCAACAUCAUAUCUGAAACAGCAAUGGCUGCCCCUUCCACCGACCUUCACUUCGUCUUGCUUCCACUGAUGGCUCAGGGCCAUAUGAUACCCAUGGUGGACAUCGCCAGGAUACUAGCCCAAACCGGAACAACUGUUACCAUAAUCACAACUCCUGUAAACGCAAACCGUUUCAAAUCAGUCAUUGAACGUGCAAUCGAAGCUGAGCUCAAUAUCCAAAUGCUUGAACUGCAAUUCCCAUUCGCUGAAUCUGGUUUGCCCGAAGGAUGCGAGACUUUUGACUUGCUUCCAUCAGCUGCGCAUAUAGUCAAUAUGUUGAAAGCUAUGAAGAUGUUCGAAGAACCAUUUGAGAGGAUGCUUCAGGUUCUAUGUCCUCCUCCAAGUUGCAUCAUCUCCGAUGGUGCUUUUCCUUGGACUGCCGAUGUGGCAAAGAGACUAAAUAUCCCGAGGCUUGUUUUCUAUGGGCCAGGAUGCUUUCCUUUCCUGUGCAUUCACAUAUUGAACAAAACUAAUAUACUAGACGAAAUUAAAUCCAACUCAGAGUACUUUGCGCUGCCCGACCUGCCCGACCAUAUUGAAGUUACCAAACCUCAGGCUUCAGGCUGGGGAAAGGGAAACAGAAAAGAAACCAAAGAGGUGUUUGAACAAACACAAGAAGCUGAGAAAGCUACAUUCGGAAUUGUGGUUAACAGCUUUGAAGAGUUGGAGCCCAUGUAUGUUGAAGCGUUCGCAAAGGCAAAAGAUACAAAGGUGUGGUGUAUAGGCCCGGUUUCUUUAUGCAACAAAAGUUUUCAAGAUCUAGCGGAGAGAGGAAACAAGGUUGUGAGAAGCGAGCACGAUUGCAUGGAAUGGUUGGAUUCAAGGGAACUAAAGUCAGUAGUCUAUGUUUGCUUGGGAAGUCUAUCGCAUGCAUCCACAGAACAAGCCAUUGAGCUUGGGUUAGGAUUGGAGUUAUCGGGAAUACCCUUUAUUUGGUGUGUUAGGCAGCCUCGUGAAGAAUUUGAGAGAUGGGUUUCAGAAGAACAAUAUGAAGAAAGGAUCAAAGGUAGAGGCGUAAUGAUCCGUGGUUGGGCACCUCAAAUCUUGAUAUUGUCACACCAAGCGAUUGGGGGUUUCAUAACACAUUGUGGUUGGAACUCGACUCUAGAAGGGAUUUGUGCUGGGAUUCCAAUGGUUACA